CAUCAGUUUGCAGUGACCCUCCUAACAACACCCAGCCAACACUCGGAAGCUCACCAUGAAGGCAACCGUCUCCUCCGUUUUAGUUCUUCUCGCUGUAGUUCAACUCACUCUGGUCAAUGCCGCCGCCAGCGGUGAUGUUCCGGCUAGCUGUCUGAACAAAAACUUUAACGUCGAUCCAUUCGAAUGCUGCAAAACACCCAAGCUGCUCGGCGAAAACGUCGUCAAGAAUUGUGUCACGGCAUUCCCCCCACCACAGAAUCCGCAAGAUGAAAUCAAACCAGAUUGCAUGUCGGAGUGCGUGAUGAACAGUACCCGAAUCUUUGACCGCAGUCAAAAUGUCAACGAUGCCAAGGCGUUGCAGACGUUCCUGGAAAAGCUGAACGUCAAAUCGAUCUGGACUGAUAUUGUUCAGAAAGCCGCCAAGCAGUGCCUCGACGAUGCAGACUCUCGCAAGGGAGAGUUCAAUAGCGAAAUGACUGCCCUACAGAAGAAAUUCCCGAAUGAACGCAUCUGCUCGCCAGCCGCCGGAUUCAUCAUGGAGUGUGUUCACGUGUCGGUUUACAAGAGCUGCCCCAGUGCAAUCUUCAAGGACAACUUGGCUGGAUGCGCAGCUAUCAAGAAGCAUUUGAAUGUGGAUAACUGCCCCUUCUAUACCAUUUUCCCAGAAAAGAAGUUCCCUAAGUUCAGAAAACGUACCUAGAUGACCAAGCGAGGAAUCAAUUCGUAUACAAUAUACAAUAUCAAAUGGUGG